UUCGGUUCCGUGCGGUUCAAGAUUGCGGUUUUCCUCAAAACUCGACUUAGUUUUCCCACAUACACGUUGAGAAACAAUUCGGUGAAACACAUAACUUUGGAAAACAACAACCGACAAAACUGGAAAUGAGGCAGAAAAUGCUUAGCCCGGGGGAAAAUGUAAAUUGCCAAACGGGUUUCACAGUCAAGGUCGUGGCUUCCGCCCAGCGACGUCGCCGCCGGCGGUUAUCGGUGCGAAAUUUCGUUUUCUGGCACCCACAAAUAGUGUGGGCCAGCAUCUUAAUGGUUGUGUUAAUGUCCAUAUCAUCGCUGGAUGCUCGGGGCAUUGACAAUGAUGGAAUAAUCAGCCACGCCACCAACCUCACUCGCCACCGACGCUCGACCUCCGGAUCGGUGACUGGAGCAGCAGCAGCAGCAACACCAGCCAAUUGCAUGCAAGAUGCACGUUUCUAUCGGAAUCCCAACAGGCCGGUGCACAAGAUCUGGACGAAUAGUGAGUGUGCCAAGUAUUUCCUAUGUCUCGACGGCGAGGUGUUCGAGUUCAAGUGCUCCGAGGGCCUUCUCUUCGAUGUGGUGCGCCAGAUCUGUGACUUUAAGGCGAAUGUGGAUAAUUGCGAUGUGAGUGCUGAGACUCCGGCUCCCAAGCCGCUUCUGGAAAUGGCCGACUGCGCAGAUGAGUACCAGUUGGGGUGUGCCGAUGGCACUUGCCUGCCACAGGAGUACUUCUGCGACGGAUCUGUGGACUGUCCCGAUGGGUCAGACGAAGGCUGGUGCGAUGUGGAGCACGAUCCCAAUGCGGCUGGAGCCUGUGAUCCGAGAAACUGUCAGUUGCCGCACUGUUUCUGCUCGAAAGAUGGCACUCAGAUACCCGGAAAUGUUCCCGCCCAGAGUGUCCCCCAGAUGAUUCUCCUGACCUUCGAUGAUGCCAUCAAUCACGAUAACUGGGAGCUGUUCUCCAAGGUUUUGUUUACGCAGAAUCGGAGAAACCCUAAUGGAUGUCCCAUCAAAGGAACCUUCUAUGUCUCACACCCGUUUACCAACUACCAGUAUGUCCAGAAGCUAUGGAAUGAUGGUCACGAAAUAGCCGUGCAUUCAGUAACCCAUCGCGGUCCAGAGAUGUGGUGGUCCAAGAACGCGACUAUCGAGGAUUGGUUUGAUGAGAUGGUUGGUCAGGCCAACAUCAUCAAUAAGUUUGCCGGAGUUCGAAUGGAGGAGAUACGCGGAAUGCGUGUUCCUUUCCUCCGAGUGGGUUGGAAUCGGCAGUUCCUCAUGAUGAAGGAGUUUGGAUUCGUUUACGAUGCCUCAAUGGUGGCCCCUCAUUCCAAUCCGCCUCUUUGGCCAUAUACCCUGGACUACAAAAUGCCCCACAGCUGCACAGGAAUGAAUCAGAACUGUCCCUCUAGAAGUUAUCCCGGGAUCUGGGAGUUGGUGAUGAACCAACUGGAGGCAGGUGACUAUAUGUGUGGCAUGGUGGACAGUUGUCCUCCACAUUUCAAUGGGGAAGACGUGUACAGAAUGCUGACCCACAACUUCAAGAGGCACUACUUGAGUAAUCGAGCUCCAUUCGGGUUGUACUUCCAUUCCACUUGGUUUAAAAAGAUUGAUUAUCUAAAUGCAUUCUUGAAAUUUCUUGACGAUCUACAAAAACUGCCGGAUGUCCACUUUGUAACCAACCAGCAAGCUAUUGAGUGGAUGCGUCAUCCCACGCCCAGUAACCAGCUGCAUCAGUUCGAGUCCUGGCACUGCAAGCCCAAGGAUCUCGAUCCCCAUGAAAGAGUAUGCAGUCUCCCCAAUGUGUGCAAGGUACGGAGUCGUGUUCUUCAAGAGGAUCGCUACUUUUACACGUGCAUGGAGUGUCCUGCCCAGUAUCCCUGGAUACGCAAUGAAUUUGGGUUGGACUAAGGUGAUAAAACAGGUUAAUUUA